GAGAUUUUUUAGGGAGAGUUUGUUGCAAGAUCGGAGCUGUCAGAGAUUUUGCUUUUUUUUUUCUCCUUUUUCCCCCUUUUUCUUUCUUUUCUUUUUUUCUUUUGCUUUUUUUUUUUUUUUUUAAAAAGGAACGUGGAGGAAAAAGAGGGGAAGAAAGGUGGGAGAAAAAGAUGCACGUGCGAGUGGGCGAUUAAAGCAUCCUGCCAAGAACCGAUCCAUGGGCAAAGCUGACUCUGACACUUGGGGAACCCCAACGCUGCGCCGUUUGGAGAAAGAUGGGUAGACUGUGAGGACUUCGGGGGAGGGGGCGGAGUUUGGGGGGGCUGGUUUUGUUUUGAUCUCUCUCUCUCUCUUCUCUCUCUCUCUUUUCCGAGAGGGGGGGAAUGAGUGAGAGAGGGAGAGAGAGAGGGAGAGAGGCUGAGACUGGAAAUAUAAGAUAACUGCAAAAAAAGCGAAUCCGUCCAAAUGCCCGAAUCUUUGGAUAUCUCUCUCUACUAGAUUCCCGCUCUAAAACCAACAAGUGGAUUUUAUUGUGCGUUUCCCACCGACCCGCCCCCCUUUUCCUCUUAACAAAAUUCUCAGAAUCAGAAUCCCUCCACCUCCUGGACUGGCGAGGUGGGGGAAUCCGGAAAGUGGUGGGGGGCAAAGAGAAGACGGCGAUCUCCGGAGCUGGCGACCGACUAUGGAAGAGCAGGCGGACGCUAAAAGCCAGCGCGAUUCGGCUCCGACUCCAGUCAGCGGGAGCAGCGGCAGCGGGAGCGAUGGCGAGAGCGUCCCGGUGUCUCCCAGCGGCCACCCUCCCUUGUCUCCCGCCGCGCCUUGCCUCGUGCCUCUGCCCCACCACCCGCACCACCAUCACCACCGCGGCCACCACCAGCACCAGCACCAGCACCAGCCGCCUCCGCCCCCCCAACAGCAGCAGCAGCCGAGGCCGCCACCGCCGCCGCCGCCGCCACCGCCGCCGCAGCAUCGCACCACCAACUUUUUCAUCGACAACAUCCUGAGGCCGGACUUUGGCUGCAAGAAAGAGCACCUCUUGAUCCUGGCCGGCGGCCCUGCGGCGUCCGGAGGAGGAGGAGGAGGGGGAGGAGGGGGAGGCAGCGGAGGCGGCGGAGGCGGCGGCGGCGGCAGCGGCCGGGACAGAGACCUAGAUCGCGCGGCCAGCUCAGGUAGAGAAAAUGUCAGCCCACUGCUCGGCAGGCCCCUCAACCCGGCCUCCACUCUCCUUAGCGCCGACUCGCCCGGGAACCCCGACAGCUCCUCCACGACCUCCAAAGCGAGCCCGGCCGCGGCAGCAGCGGUAGGGACGGCCAAGCCCCUCUCCACUACCUCCUCCUCCACCUCCUCCACCUCUUCCACCUCCUCCUCCUCUUCCUCCUCCUCCUCCUCCUGCUCGGAAGGGAGUGGAACUAACCCGGCGAAGUACGGGGAGCACGCCAACCCGGCCAUCCUCCUCGUGGGCUCCGGGAAUGGAGGAGUGGGGGCCUCCGGCGAGGGUCAACAGCCGCUGGUUUGGCCGGCCUGGGUUUACUGCACUAGGUAUUCAGACAGACCGUCCUCGGGUCCCCGAACGAGGAAGCUGAAGAAGAAGAAGAACGAGAAGGAGGACAAGCGGCCGCGCACGGCCUUCACCGCCGAGCAGCUGCAGAGACUCAAGGCGGAGUUCCAGGCCAACCGCUACAUCACCGAGCAGCGGCGGCAGACGUUGGCCCAGGAGCUGAGCCUCAACGAGUCCCAGAUCAAGAUCUGGUUCCAGAACAAGCGGGCCAAGAUCAAGAAAGCCACCGGCAUCAAGAACGGCCUGGCCCUUCACCUCAUGGCCCAAGGACUGUACAAUCAUUCCACCACCACCGUGCAGGACAAAGAGGACAGCGAGUGAGGCCGGACCGACCCGGCUGUCCCCGCGGACUGCCCAGCCGCCCCCCCCGGUCCCCUCCGUCCCCCCACCUCCUUUUCGUUUCAUUCGCUUUCAUUCUUCCUAAGAUUAUUAUUAUUAUUAUUAUAAUUAUUAUUAUUAUUAAAAUAUUAUUAUUAUUAUUAUUACGGACCUGAGUGACAGGGAAGACAAAGAAGCCCGCUUUGGCGAAGCUAAGCGAAAACAAAACCCGGCAAGGACAGCGAGGCCGGCGCGGGGACUCGGACGUGGGGUUCUGUUUUCCAGAAAACGAAUCAAAUUUAUGGUUGAUUAUUAUUAUUAUCCGCAGUUUUGAGGAUUCCAACAUUAAAUUCCGAACACUUUAAAAAAAAAAAAGUCUAUAUAGCCAAACAUCGUAUGAUCUUGUAUAUAUUUAAUUUCAGGUAAGAAAAUCAAUUAUGAAAAAAAAGUGUAGUUUUUUUUGUUUUUUGUUUUUUUAAAAAAUAUUUUUUUCCUUUUCGCUCAGCCAUUGAGCGCUCCCCUCUCGCGUCUCCCCAAAGCUGUUGGGUCUUUAUUUUUCUUAUUUGUUUCCUUAAUUAUUAAUCUCCCUUCUUCCCCGCAGCCUCAAGUCCUGUCAGCAUCUUAGUUUUGAAGUGUUUGUCUGGCUCCUCUCCCUCC